GUCUCGAGUAAGGAGAGCUCAUGCCAACAACCAUCUUUGGAGCCGGAUGGUACCUACUUGGGUGUUGAGGGACCUCAAACUUUUUAUAAGAACAGUAAAGCAUCGAAGGCUGGAAGCCCAGCUUGUGUUGCGUUGUCUCAGCCUUGCCGGAAUAAUCACGAUUACAGGACUGAAGUCCAUUACAACCAUCAGGAGUGUCUGAAGGAAUAUCCAGUAGACAAUGGCUUGCAUAGAAAGUGUAACAAUACGAUUUCUUCAGCCAAGAGGAGCCCUCACUGUGUAAAACCAGCUCAGGAGAUUGACCAGAAAGCAAAUGAAUUUGAGAGCACAUGCCCUCAGCAAGUGAGUCACAGUUGUGCCUGCAGGCAUGUAGGGAGCUCAGGGAGCGUGCAAGAGAGCCACCAUGUCAGCCAGGUACUUAGAAGACACUCUGGGCCAGCUCACAAAACCUGUGAUUAUUCUAGGCAUUCUCAAGUGUCUGGGCUGAAUGAUGGCGUGGACUCAGGGCCUAAAAAAACAGAGCAGGCUAAAAGGUUGUAUGAAGAAAGAAGGCAGAAGCUGCUUCUGCAGAAAAUGGAGCUGGAAAUUGAAAAAGAACGACUCCAACAUCUGCUGGCUAAGCAAGAAGCAAAACUGCUCCUAAAACAACAGCAACUACACCAAUCCUGUAUGGAUUAUAACAGGUUUAGAGGCCAUGUACCUGGUUCAGAAGAUGUGCCCAUUGAUGAAGCACCUGGAGAACUUGCUCUGAUGAUGAACAGCAACAGCAUGGGGCUAAGCGUACCAGUGUUGAAACGUGAAGAUUAUUUUCUGAGGACACCUCCAGUGAACAAAACCUCCAGAAUACCAGGCAGCAGUACUGGGAGCAGUUCAGGGAAGAAAAUGACUCGUUUUGGUGCAAAUGUGGAAGAUGGGAGAACCCUUCUGAUGCAAACUAAGCGAGAAGGCACCAAGUCAAGAAAAGGGACAACUUUGGGACCUAGGAAAGAUGCAGCCACAUCUCCUGCACUGAUAGGCAGCAGCAGCAAAGAGCUUGCAACCACAGCCAUAUCUCCAAUCCCUCAUGACACUUCACGGUAA